AUGGCUCAGUACCAUCAUCUCCUUCCAUUCCUUGCCCUAAUUGUUCUUCUGAUCCUCCCAUCCUCCUCCCAUGCAAUACUAACUGAUGCCUUGUUCUCGGAGACCAACGAUUUCAUCUUUGGCGGCCAAAACCUCACCAACGGUAACGGGACUUUAUCCCUAUUGAACAAUUGUGGACUUUCGUACUACAUAAAAGGCCAAAAGGUUGUAGACUUCAACACGACCAUCAACGGCACCAAAGGCUGCACCCUCAGUGUCACCCGUAGAGGCCUACUUUCUCUCGAUGACGGUUCUGGUAAUGCCCCUCGAACCUUGGGCACUGCUGGCGAACUUGGAGAGUACGUUUUGCUAGCCUCAAAUGAACGGUUUGGUGUCUACGGCCCUCGCAUAUGGGACAAUGGAGUUUCCCGUCCCCCGUCCACGACCCUUGAAAAUAAAAAACUCCUGCGAGCGACCUCAAAUAACUUUAUUUAUUCUGAUAAUUCUAUCGAUGGCAUUGCAAAUGGUAAUGCUACUAUUGCAACUAAUGACGAUGUUAAAGCUUAUAUUACUCAAAAAUGUACACUCUCUGUGAAGAAUUCGACAGGCACUAUAUGGGAAUCAACACCAUCAAGUAAUGAAUCAAAUGUUUGCUCCCUAUGGCUUACGAAUAGAGGACCGCUUCUUCUUCAAUAUGAGGAUUCAAAAGGACUUCAGACACAGUGGACUGGUGGAGCUUUUGAGAAAGUGAACCUUUAUGUUGCUCUUCUUCGUUCUUUUGGUAAGAUUGGUAUUUAUGGAUUAAAGGAUGACAUUCGUGAUAUUUCUCCUUAUCCUGGUUCUGCUGCUGAGAACAUCAAGAUGGUGACCGCUUAG